AUGAGGGAGAUCGUCCAUAUUCAGGCUGGGCAGUGUGGCAAUCAGAUUGGAUCCAAGUUCUGGGAAGUUAUCAGCGAUGAGCAUGGAGUUGAUCCAACUGGAACUUACCAUGGAGACAGUGAUCUGCAACUAGAAAGGAUAAAUGUAUAUUAUAAUGAAGCCACAGGUAUUAAUAAUAAUAAAGGUGGCAAGUUUGUACCCCGUGCUAUUAUGGUAGAUUUGGAGCCUGGCACUAUGGACUCUGUUCGCUCUGGACCCUUUGGACAGAUCUUCAGGCCUGAUAACUUUGUGUUCGGUCAGAGUGGUGCUGCUAAUAACUGGGCCAAAGGACAUUACACUGAAGGUGCUGAACUGGUUGAUUCUGUGAUGGAUGUGCUGAGGAAGGAGGCUGAGAGCUGUGAUUGUCUCCAGGGCUUCCAGCUCACCCACUCCCUGGGUGGUGGUACAGGUGCCGGUAUGGGCACACUUCUUCUUAACAAGAUCCGAGAGGAAUAUCCCGACAGAAUCUUAGUGUCUUUCAGUGUUAUCCCAUCACCCAAAGUGUCAGACACUGUGGUAGAGCCUUAUAAUGCCACACUGUCUAUCCAUCAACUUAUAGAGAACUCAGAUGAGACAUUCUGUAUUGACAAUGAGGCCCUGUUUGACAUUUGUUUCCGUACACUCAAACUGACAGCUCCCACUUAUGGUGACAUGAACCACCUCAUCUCGGCCACCAUGAGUGGUAUCACAACCUGCCUUCGUUUCCCUGGACAGCUCAACGCUGACCUGCGUAAACUGGCUGUGAACAUGGUGCCCUUCCCCCGUCUGCACUUUUUUGUCCCAGGUUUUGCUCCUCUAACCAGCCGUGGAAGCCAGCAGUACCGUGCCAUCACUGUACCUCAGCUCACCCAACAGAUGUUUGAUGCUAAGAACAUGAUGGCUGCCUGUGACCCACGACAUGGCCGCUAUCUUACUGUUGCUGCCGUUUUCCGAGGCCGUAUGUCCAUGAAAGAGGUGGAUGAGCAGAUGCUCAAUGUACAGAACAAGAACAGUGCCUACUUUGUGGAAUGGAUCCCUAACAAUGUCAAGACAGCUGUCUGUGACAUCCCACCCAGAGGCCUCAGGAUGGCUGCCACCUUCAUCGGCAACACCACAGCCAUCCAGGAGCUGUUUAAGCGCAUCGGUGAGCAGUACAGUGCUAUGUUCCGCAGGAAGGCUUUUCUGCAUUGGUACACUGGUGAGGGCAUGGAUGAAGCUGAAUUCAUUGAGGCUGAGGGUAAUAUGAUCGACCUGAUAUCUGAGUAUCAGCAUUACCAGGAUGCCACAAUUGGAGAUGAGGUUGCUUAUGAGGAGUACAAUAAUGAUGAAGACUGAGCAGGAUUCUGUUCAGACCUAAGAAUGACUGGAUCGUUACACUAAGACAUGUCAUGGUUUCUC